AUGCCUGCGAAUGCAGCAGCGGCCAGACCCGACCUCGGGAUGGCAGCCCCUCCCAGCCGGGGCGGUGGCGCUCACGGCUCGCGCCGGGGGAACACGGCGCCCGGGCGCCGCGCCGGCGCGUGGCCGGCGUCGCCAGGCGCUGGCGCCCAGCCCGCCUUGCUACGGCCCGCGAGCUGCAGCGGCGGCGCGUGGGCGCGCAGGCUGCCCGAAUCCCUGCAGAGCUCGUUUGCAGAGCCACUCCCGAUGGAGAAGACUACGUCUACUGCGACCGGGUUUGACGGUGGGUUCUCCAAGUUCUCCGCAUCUUCUUCCAUGCGUGGAUCGCGGUUCACCGUGGAGGAGAUGAACUCCAUGAGGCGCCAGGUAUCUCCAUCGUCCGAGUGCCGAGAGAAGGCCGAAGCCUAUUGGCAGACCGUUGGAGGAAUCCGGGAGACGAUGGGCGGCAAGUCUCUCCACACGCUGCCGGUCCUCAAGGGGAAGUUCUUCAACCACCCCAAGGUCAAGGCGUCGUUGAUUCCUUCCACGGUGAAGCGCACGGAGAACGGCAAGACGGGGCUCGGGUUUCUCGACGCCGAGGCGGAGCCGUUGCCCAUGGAACCCAUGACAGCGGUGGUGCUGGAGGGGGGCAUCUACCCGCGAGUCCUCUCCCCCGACUCCCGCUCCCGGCCGUCUGCGACGUCGGCGGCGUCGGCGUCGCCCGGGAGUCCGGCGCCCGACGGCCUCGCGCCAUCUACCCGGGACGGCGGGAAGUCGCUGGCGUUCGCGCCGCUCCAGGAGAAGGCAUCGCCCACGAGCUUGCCGAGCAACAAGGACAAGCCGCGGUCCUGGCAGCGCACCUCCACGCAGCAGCAGCUCCCGCGGGCCGCCGCGGGCUCUCCCGGGGGGCCCCUGCAGCCGCCGAGCCGCGGCCUCGCUCCAACGAGCAGCCGGUGCUCACCACCUCCUGGACGCAGCCGCUCUCCGGCCACUCGCCGCCGGCGCUCCGGCUGGAUGCCACCAGCCCCGACAGGCAGGACGAGUCUGGGGAGCGCUCUCCUGCCUGGGCGAAGGAGACCACGGCCGCCGCGGCCACCAUGGCGGCGGAGGCCGCGGCCAGGGCAGCCAGGGCUGGGGACAACAGCAGGAGCCGUCACGCUCACCACGCUCCAUGCCCUGAGGCUCCAGAUCAAGGAGAGGUUCGGCAGCGUAGCCGAGGCCUUCGAGAGGUUUGCGGAGGACGUCCCCCUGACCCGCGCUCCCACCAGGAAGGAGUGGCUGCGCCUGCUGGGCAAGCACGGCUUCGACUGGUUUACGAAGGCCAGGAUGGACUCUGUGUUCGACCAGCUCGACAAGGAUAGGGACGGCUACGUGUCGGUCACCGAGCUGAGGAUCGCCAUCGAGGCCACGGCCCCGGUGCGCACCACCGCGAGCUUGCGGCGCAGGUGGCUCGCCUUCGGCUUCUCCUCGAUGGUCCAGGCGGCGGCGAGGAUGGACGACAACGGGCAGGAUCCGAGAGCCGGAAGCGGCUCUCCCUGA